AUGGCCUAUGUGGAUGGGUGGUUGGCCCCCUGCGGCUUAAAGGGCGAUGACGAUGAGAAAGAUGACAAGGACGAGGCGUUGUUGGAAGUGGAGUCCACCCCCUCCGGCAACGUCAAACGCAACAACAUUGUGGUGGUCGCUUUGUUGGGAAGUCUAGAUGACUUCACGGUCUAUUUGAUCAUGGCAGGCUCUGGCAUCUACACGUGGUACGAGCUGAUUCUGGGCACUUUCCUGGGCUGUGCGGUGCUCGCCAGCAUUGUGCCCUGGCUGAGCCGGCUGUUUUGGUGA